AUGGCUGCCAUCACCAAAGAUGCGAAAACUUUAGAGACAGCCGUGGAGAGAUUCGAGUAUCUCUCGAGCGAUGAGGAGCAAAGCAAGGAUGGAAUUCGUCAAACCCAGGCAAUGGGCACAGUGGCUAUCACUGACGACAAGGACAUCUACCUUGUACCCAUACCAAUCUCAAGCCUCGGUCUUUCACUGGUGUCCGGGUUUGGCGGUCUUCUAGGAUUCUAUAUUCCAGACUACGCUGCGCACGGUGCCGAUUAUGCUGAUAUCACUGCUCUGAUGACUUACCCAUCUAUGUUUAUGGGCGUAGGCUGUCUUACAUGCAUGCCUCUAGCUCUGGCAAUUGGCAGACGACCUGUGUUCCUUGGAUCGCUCGUCGUUCUCGUUCUCGGAGCUCUCCUAGCAGCCCAAGCAAAAGACUACAACUGGCAUCUCGGUGCUCGAAUGGUUCUUGGUUUCGCUGCUGGUCAAAGUGAAGCUUUGGUGCCUAUGAUGAUCCAGGUGAUUCACUUUAUGCACGAACGUAGUACGUUUCUCAUGUGGCAGUCUGCCAUACAAACAACCCUCUCUGCAGGUCUUGUCAUUGCUGCAUCUCCUCUAGCUGGAGCCAUAGGUCCUGCGAAUUGGUAUAGAUUAGGCGCGGGACUUUCAGCUGUAACUCUGAUUGUUUCAAUAUUCCUCGUACCCGAGAGCCGAUAUGCUCGAUCCCUUGUAGCCUAUGGCCAAUCGUCGAAUUUUGACGGUGUAGAAUCGGAACAAACCACAGCAAAACCUGUGAGGUUGUCAGAACGACCCGCCCUUGACACUACCAACUAUGAGCCACGAACACUCCGCUCAGACAUGCGAUUUUUUGUCGGAGAAUUCGAUUGGGCGGAGGGCUGGUACGGCUUCAUUCACACCUUCCAAAUCCUCUUGUUCCCUAACGUGCUAUGGGCAUUCUGUCUUAAUGGCUUGACAAUUGGUAUUAACAUCGCCAUCGGAACGACUUACGGCACCAUCGUUACCUCUUCGCCUUACAACUGGGGCAACGAUGCAGCAUCUUAUGUUAAUGCUGGACAAAUAGUGGUUGCAUUUGUUGCGCUUCCUCUCCUUGGCAAUGGGUCCGAUAAGGUCAUUAGGUGGCGAGCAAAGCGUAAUGGCGGUUUCCACGAGCCCGAGAACCGCCUCCUGGUUCUCUGGAUUCCUGUUCUCGUCGGCGUCAUCUCCGCUACACUCUAUGGACAGGCAGGGCAGCACCCUGAGAAGUACCAUUGGUUUGUUAUCGUCUUCGCCAACGCAGGAUACUACUUCUGCUUCGUCGGAUCAAACAUAGCUGCCAUUACAUACCUACUCGAUUCUUACCCUGCACGGGCUGGACCUGUCCUUGUUGUCAUUACAACUUUCCGUGGGUUUGUCUCUUUUGGCACCAGCUAUGGUGUGGCCAAGUUUAUCCACACUGCUGGGUACGAUGGCUCUUUCGGCACAUAUGCUGGUCUCACAGCUCUGUUUGGUUUUCUUGGGAUUCCAAUCUUCAUCUAUGGCAAACGAAUCAGAGCUUACACUGGUCAAUGGGCAACCAAAAAGCGACAUGGAGUUCCCUCUAUGUCGCGUUAA